AUGGCCGAUUCAGUGAAGGUCAGUGGGCCAAGCACCUCGGAUAUGGAGUAUUAUUAUAAGUCACUCUAUCCGUUCAAGCACGUUUUUAACUGGUUGAACCACUCGCCCAAGCCUUCUAGGGAUAUGAUCAACAGGGAGUUCGCCAUGGCCUUCAGAUCAGGUGCCUACAAGAGAUAUAAUUCUUUCAAUUCUGUACAAGAAUUCAAGGCACAGAUAGAGAGAAGUAACCCAGACAGAUUUGAAAUAGGGGCCAUCUAUAACAAACCGCCAAGGGAGCGUGACACUCUUCUGAAAAGCGAAUUGAAAGCGUUGGAGAAGGAGUUGGUGUUUGAUAUUGAUAUGGAUGAUUAUGAUUCCUUCAGAACAUGCUGUUCCGGGGCCCAGGUUUGCUUUAAGUGCUGGAAGUUUAUAUCUUUGGCAAUGAAAAUUAUGAACACGGCUCUGACGGAAGAUCUUGGUUACAAAGAUCUUAUUUGGGUCUUUUCAGGUAGACGUGGUGCCCAUUGUUGGGUAAGUGACAAACGGGCUCGAGCUUUGACGGAUAUACAACGAAGAAAUGUUUUGGAUUAUGUUAACGUAGUUAGAGAUAGAAACACAGAUAAGAGAUUGGCCUUGAAAAGACCUUAUCAUCCUCAUCUGGCUCGUUCUUUAGAGCAGCUAAAACCCUUUUUUAUCAGCAUUAUGCUCGAAGAACAAAACCCUUGGGAAGAUGACCAACAUGCGAUCGAUACUUUACUGCCGGCAUUAUACGAUAAGCAACUGAUCGACUCAUUGAGAAAGCAUUGGUUAGACAACCCUGGAAGAUCAAGCAAGGAAAAAUGGAAUGAUAUAGAUCGGGUGGCCACAUCGCUUUUCAAAGGCCCUCAUAUAGGUAGGUUACGUGAAUGUAAGGAAGAUCUAGUAUUAAUGACUCUGUAUCCUAAACUGGACGUGGAAGUUACAAAGCAAACAAUCCAUUUGCUGAAGGCUCCAUUCUGUAUUCAUCCUGCCACUGGGAACGUUUGUGUGCCCAUUGAUGAAUCAUUCACUCCUGAAAAGGCACCAAAACUGAUUGAUUUGCAAACAGAAAUGGAAAAAAACAAUGACGUUUCAUUAACGUCUUUGCAGCCUUUCAUCGAUCAGUUUCAGGCGUACGUGACUUCUCUCUUGAAAAAUGAACUGGGUUCGAUCAAACGAGAACGUGACGAAGAUGAUGAGCCGGCUGUUCUAGAUUUCUAG